AUGAGCGGCCAUUCCUUUGCGGACGGUGAAAAGCCGUGGAGAUGCCGAGGUCCACUGAAGAAUGGCGAGUACUGGGGAUGUGGUAGGCACUAUGGUCGCAAAUCAAAUCUUACACGGCACUUCCGGAGUCUCACUGGCCGAAAAUGCAUCAACCCACUUCUGGCCGAGACCACAGCAAGUCUAGAGACAGAAGAUAUCCCGGAUCUGACCCUGUCGUCAUCCCAAACAAACGCAGAGUACAUUGGGGCAAGGACUCUGAACACCAGUCGAAUUUCAGAUGUAUCAUCUGCGCGACCCAAUAUCUUACCGGCGCCAACACUCCCCUCCAUAGACAGUUAUCUAAUAAAUGUCAAUCGGGGAUACACCGAAGUGGCCCACAACUUGCUGUUGUGGCCCUCUGUCAAGACACUUGUUCACGCACAUGAUUAUGACCAGGACUAUAUAAUGAGGUUAGAGGAGGAGCGGGGGCUUACCAGCGUGAAUCGACCGAGUGAUAUACCUUCAUACACGGCAGAUGACACCAACCUACCAAGAUCAUCCCUGAUAAACGACGGCGGUAGCUGUAACGGGAGCAGGCCUAGCCCAAACGCACCGUGGAUAGAUCAAAGCAGGGCUUUCGCCCACAACCCAGACAUGGAAAUCCACCAAUGUGUUCUUUUGAAAUUGUUUGGGGAAACUGCGCGGCGGUACUAUCAGAGUUAUCUCGACCGCAUGUACAAGCUCCAUCCUUUCCUGGACCAGCAAGAGCUAGAUCGGAAAAUAGAGGGCUUCAUCAAAUGCCACUGCGAUCGAAUUGCAUUGCCGUCACCAGAAGCCAGCUCCCAUAACAAUCCAGGGGCUCUCAGAUGGCCUUUCGACGUAGCCUUUGCGUCGCCCGGACGACCCGUCGAACAAAACAUCGACAAUGUGAUUAUCUUGCUUAUAUUCGCACUCGGGGCUAUCUGUGAAAGUAAACUCCCUCUUCUUGGUUCUGUCAUAGAUCCAACCGUUAAUUGUCGGCUGCCACACACUUCUGUGCCGCUCCAAGCCUCCAACCAUUCAUUCCCAUCAUCGACUACUGAGCCCAAGUCACCUAUUCCCGGUUUGGCUCUAUAUGAGUACGCUGCAACAACCCUAAGCCAGCUUCAAGAUGACGUGAAGCUUGACUAUAUCCAAGCUUGUUUACUGGCUGGUCUUUAUGCUGGUCAAUUAACACAUCCCUUCGAAAGUCAUGGAUGGAUCAGUCGGGCAGCCCGGGCGUGCCAGCUGCUUGUACAAAUGCCACUUUACGAGGAAUUCGAAGAUUACGGGAAAAACCUCUGCGACUUUGCCUACUGGAGUUGUUUACAAUUAGAAAGUGAUCUCCUCAUGGAACUCAACGUCCCUGCAAGCGGCAUCUCACGAUACGAGAGCCGGGUCCCUUUACCAAAAGGCACCUUUCAAUACACCACCCUUGGCUCCAAAGCCAAUACCCCUUCGAGCACGAUGAUGAUAUUAUUCUACUACUCUCAAAUCCACCUCCACAAAACCCUCAAUCAGGUGCCAUCGGAUCUACGCAAAGUCGAAAAGCAAGGCCGAACAUUUUGGUUAUCCAUCGUGCAGGAAGCCCAGAGCUUGAAUCUCGACCUCUGGCGUAGGUCCCUGCCGAAAAGCAUACUUUGGUGCGAUACUGAGGAGCCCGCUAAUGAAAUCAACGCCGCUCGCAUGCGUGCCACCUAUUACCGCACACGCUAUAUCAUCUACCGACCAUUGCUGUACUAUGUCCUGCACUACGGACACUCCGGUACUUGCGCCUGUGCGGGAAAUUCCUCGAGGUCCAGCUCUGCCUCACAGACGCAGCCACAUGGCGGUAUUGCCUACAUAGAGCGCAUGAUUAAUGGUAUGGGCCCCGCGCCCUGCAACCCCUCCUUGUUCUGCCCAAAAGGACGAACCUCGCCUGCUAUUAGCUUCCAUGACCUACCCAAAAAGCUGCGUGUCGCAUGCCAAAUCUGCGUGAGAAGCGCCAUUCAGAACACCAUAGCGCUUGACGGCAUCAAAGAGAGACUCGUGGUACCAAACAUGUUUGGCACAGCUCAUGCGCAAUUUGACAACAUGCUUGCCCUCGCCGCAACCUACAACGCUGGUUUCUCCGAGCUCAUAGAACGCUCGACCCUUGAUCGCCUCUUCAAACGCACGAUUCGCUUUUUGAUUCGCUACGGGAACAACUCGCCAGCUCUUCGUGCUGAUGUUCGCGUCCUGACUGAGAUCUACUCAAAGCUCUUUGGCGGUCCCCCGGUCCUUGCAGAUGUAUAG